UAAUCACACUCCCUCGAAAAGGAAAAAAGAAAAAUUCAAAUUCUCAAUUCGUUUUCUCUCUCUAGUUAUCUCUACAGACCUAGUGCGAUCUCUCUCUGUCCGUCGUCGGGUGCUGUGGUCUGCAGAGAGGGCUAAAUUCCGCAUUCCAACGGCGCUUUUCAGAAAUUACCAGGACUAAGUUUGAAGGAUAAUGGCUUCUCAGUUACAGAUUCAAGGUGAUGAAUCCGUACUUUUACGGGUUACUCACUCCAAUAUGAAGAGCUUUUCUCCAGAAAUCCGUUUUUCUCUUCAGAUGUCAGUGGAAGCUGUGAAAGAUAAGCUUUGGAAAAAGUGUGGUACUUCGGUCAAUUCGAUGUCCUUAGAGCUAUAUGAUGAAACUGGUGCUAAAAUCUCAGUCCUAAGUGAUAAUGCAAGACCACUUGGCUUUUAUUCCCCACUGGAUGGUUAUCGUCUGCAUGUCAUUGAUCUUGAUCCAGCGUCAGUGACCUCUGGAGGUUGGCUCGAGGAUACAUCACUUGUGGAGAAGUAUACUAUCUCUGAAGAGGCUUAUGAGAAACUUGGAGGUACUUUCAGAAAAUUCAAGGAAACAUUGCCGCUUAAGCAACCGCCUGGUCAAGAAUCUAAAAUAUCUGACAACAACAACAGUGAAGAUCUUUGCGCAAAUAUCAAGAUAGGGGACAGAUGUGAAGUUGAACCUGGAGAGAGAAGAGGCACGGUCAAAUUUGUUGGUCAGGCAGAAACACUUGCACCUGGGUUUUGGGUUGGAGUUCAGUUUGAUGAACCAGUAGGAAAACAUGAUGGCAUGGUUAAAGGGAAACGUUACUUUGACUGCCCUCCCCUUCAUGGUGCAAUGGUCCGACCAGACAAAGUAAAGAUUGGAGACUAUCCAGAAAAAGAUCCCUUUGAGGAUGAGGAAAUUUAAGUAUAUAGGAUUGCUGUCUGCUGUUCUUUGGGUUUGAUCUUUUAAUAGAUAGAUAGGAGAUGCAUGUUUCAAAUAUGUAACUGAGCUCAAAAGAUGGUCAAGCCUGUAUUUGAAAGUCACAGAAAUGACUUUGAAGAUUUCAAGUCGAUGAAGAAACCUGAGUGAAUUGAACAUUUUCCCAGCAGUUGCCGACAAGUUGUUG